CAUUUUGAACCUGGAAGCAACUUGCUGCUCAGCGUAGCCUUCUGCCAGCAGAGCCACGAUUAAACCAGGAUUUUAAAAUGCAAAUUUAUUUUAAAAUAUGAAUUGGUCUCUGAAUUUUCCCACGGCUGUAUGUGUCUUAAGCAGUACAAUUUGUCUCAACAGAUAAAACAUUUACGCGUUUCCUGUGCCGUCUUACAUUACUGUUGCCGAAUGCACAGUUAAAUGUGAUUAUUUAGAAUGUUGUUACUACAGGGCGCGUUUAUUUCAGUAUAAACCGGAGGAGAAGGUGUUGGGCCUUUGUAAUACGUAAGAUGCUGGUUCCCGACAGCAGGAGGCGCCCCUGCUUCUUAGAGGGAGGAAUUCGCACUCUUUCCCAAUAGCAAGUUUACACUUGUCAGUAUAUACUGUAGUAUGCGAAAUCGACGAUUGAACCCAUUUCGUUAAACUUUACUUACAACCGCCGCACCCUUUUAAUAGAAUUAACGUAAAAUAUGGUUAACAGUACGAAAACGUACAAGGCUAUCAAGUACAUUUUGUUUGUCGGCUGUUACUUAUUUUGGGUUUCUAGUGCUAUUCUAAUUGCAGUUGGCGUCUAUGCUAAAGUUGCCAAGGAGGGAGAUGUUGUGGACUCUCUGACAGCUGACCCAGCCCUGUUAUUCAUUUGCAUCGGCUCUCUGAUGUUCACUGUCACCUUCUUCGGAUGCUUUGGGGCACUACGUGAUAAUGUUCGUCUUCUACAAAUUUUUGUAGGGAUCUUGGUAGCUAUUCUUCUUCUUCAGAUAUCGGCAGCUGUGCUGGGAUUCAUAUUCUCUGACUUGGUACUGGAAAGGACAGACUUAUUGAUAAAAACUGGAAUUGAGAAAUACCGUGAUGACCUGGACCUGGAGAACAUAAUAGACUUUGUACAAAAAAAGUUCCAGUGCUGUGGGGGUCAUUCCUACGGAGACUGGUCUUACAACGUGUACUUCAACUGCUCCAAGACCAACCCAAGCAUAGAGCGUUGUGGUGUGCCUUUCUCUUGCUGCAUACAACAAAAGAAGAAGUCAGUACUUAACACCAUGUGUGGCUAUGGGACACAGCAGGAAGUCAGGGCAGGGCAGAGCAUCUACACCACUGGCUGCCUGGAUAAAAUCGCCAAGUGGGGAGAGCAGAAUCUCCUGCUCUUGGCGGGAAUGGCUGCGGGGUUCCUCUCUUUGGAGAUAUGUAUGGUCUCAUUGGCAGCAGCCCUUAUACACCAAAUCAAGUUGAAGAUGACAAAAGGAAAUGGAAAAACAACAUCCUGACACACCCAAAAACGUCUGUUACAUAUAAGGAAUCUGUAUAAACACAGGAUUGCACUCAAAAGCGCCACUUGUGUAUUGUUUAUUGUGUUAUUUGUGAAUUGUGGCCUGUUGACAGUGAGUUAAUUUCACAUGCAGUUUCUGCUGACUAGGUGAUUCAGUUGUUAUUGUGAUUUCCAGUGCAUUGUUUUGUAUGCGUCAGUCUGUGUUUGUAUGUGUGAUAUUGUAUAUCUGCUGGUUUUUCUAUUUCCUUCAUACAAAUCAUAUUACUCAAAUGUAUUAUUUUAUGUAUUUACAGAAUUUUCUCUUUUUUGAACA